AUAGGUCGUCUGAGCAAUAAGCAGGUUGCGCGUUUCUCUAACGUUAGGUAGAUCAGCUGACACUUGAACAGACAGAAAUAAUUACAACGUGUCAGAAUCACUGAAGAUAUUGUUGGAAAAUGCUGCCGUUAUUGUCGAAGAUGUGCGCUUUUUUCGUCUCAAAUAUUGAUCUCACUACUUUCCUUGUGUUUACGGUGGUAUUUCUAUUCGUCCUAUGUGUGAUUUCAACUCCAAGAUCAGAUAUACCCGGUCCAUUCGCCCUGCCAUUUUUUGGAAAUUUAUAUGUCCUGGCUCGCAUUGGCAACCGACGAUACAGGGAAACUCUACGUUUACAAAAACAAUAUGGAGAUAUAUUCCGACUUUACAUUGGGAAACAAAUGAUGGUUACAAUAUGUGGCUACGAAAAUAUCCAUGACGCUUUUGUGAAGCAUGCGGCGGUGCUGAGCAACCGCCCAGAAGGAUUAUUUAAAUCACAGACUAAGUAUGGAAACUUAGAGCCGGGAAUAAUAUUGUCUAAUGGAGAAGUAUGGAGAAAAAAUCGCCGGUUUACCAUACAGACAAUGCGAGAUUUCGGAAUGGGCAAAAAGAGUUUAGAAGUGGUUAUUGCAGAAGAGGCAAAAUUGCUAUGUGCCGAUAUUGCAGCGUUUAACGGGAAACCUAUAGAAAACAUAAAGGACCUCUUAUCCGUCUCUGUCAGUAAUACGGUUCAUAGUGUUGUGUUCGGAUACAGGUGUGAACAUGACGACGAGGAGUUUUUGGCGGUAAUAAAAUCCAUUGAAACUCUGUUCAAAGUGCCAAGUAUAUUUUACCGUGUAUUACCUGUAUUUGUGCAACGCCUUAUCGGAACUGCGGAAGGUGAAAGAGAGAAAGCCUCAGAGAAUCUUAUGAAUUAUGUUCAGAAACGAAUUGCAGAACACGAACAGACCUUCGACAAAAACAAUUUAAGAGAUCUGGUUGACCGCUUUCUUUCAACGAUACCUCUGGAGGAAGACACAAUGAAAAAGUUUUUACACAUGUAUCAAGUUGUCUUGGAGAUGUUUGCCGCCGGUACCGAUACAACAGCUACUACACUAACAUGGAUGAUCCUGUAUAUCUUAGAGAACCCAGAAAUCCAGGAAAAAUGUUACCAGGAAAUAAAGAAAGUGGUUGGGCUGAACAGAUGCAUUCUAUAUUCGGACAGAAAUAAUUUACCAUACCUGGAAGCCACUAUGUUAGAAUUACAAAGAUGUGCAAACAUUGCGAGCUCCUUCAUGCAUUAUUCGACCGAAGACGUACCAAUAGGUGGCUACGUGAUACCAAAAAAUACCAUGGUAACCGCAUUUUUGCCAUCAGUUCAUCUAGAUCCAGAACGCUUUCCGGAGCCUAUGAAAACCAGACCCGAGAGAUUUCUAGACGAGAAAUCAGGAAAAGUUGUUAACAGGGACAUGUUGAUGCCUUUCUCAAUUGGUCCCAGAAUUUGUCCAGGGGAAACGCUAGCCAAAACCGAAAUGUUUAUCAUAUUUGGCAACUUGGUUCAAAAAUUCAAAUUAUGCAAAAUAUCCCCAGACCACGUGUUGUCCUUUGAAGGGCUGACGGGGACGAUCACGUAUCCAGAACCGUACAGAUUGAGGGCGGAGGCCAGAAACUAAUUCACCAAAAGCAAAGCUGUGAAAAAACUGAAGAAAUUCAAAUCCAUACAACAAAAUAAAAUAAAUUUAAUAUACAGACUUCAUAGCACCCUAACACGCAUCAAGAUUAAAAAAAACCUCUAGUAUAACAAAAAUCCGAAUUUGAUAUUAGAGACUUCCUAAAAUCUCAUCGUUGUAUUUUGCUUGUGCAUAAUUUGUUUUUCUACAAAAACUAUUAUUGAAACUUGUAUAUGUUAAUUGAAAUCAUUAUCAAAUGUGUUUUUGUGCAGUUGUUACAAAUAAGGUUUUAUAGCUGUAGUCGGGCUAGUUGAAAAUGAAUAAUUUAUGAAAAAAAUAACCCAGCAUAUCCUUUCGCUAUGCAAAAUAACAAAUAGGAUUAUACUAUAUAAAACUCAUUCAACUACCGUUUAGUAUCUAUGAAUGACAAUAGAAAUUAACCUAAUAUGCUUGUACCAGUGGCGUUGGAAGCUUUGAAGCUAGACUUGUCAGAAAUCUUGACAAGCAAAUUAUAAGACAAAGGAUAAUGGUUAUGCCUCCCCAUCCGGUUCCAUCGCCUAUGUGAGUAAUUUCCGUUGGAAAAAAACAACAACUUUUUGUGCUUUUGUUGAUUUUAAACCAGAAUUCGACACUGUCUGGAGAAAUGGUCUUUGGAGCAAGUUAAUCAAAAAUGGAAUAAAUGGGAAAUGUUUUAAUUAUAUCAAAAAGAUGUACAUGGAAGUUAAGUCAAAAAUCAGCAUGAAUGUCUUAUCUUCCGAAUUUUUCAGCUGUAAUGUUGGAGUACGCCAAGGUGAAAAUUUGUCGCCAUUUUUAUUUUCGUUAUAUAUUAAUGACUUAGAAAAAUUCUUGAUUGAUAAAAAUAUAAUUGGGUUACAGAGUGUUCCCAAACCUAUAGAGGAUGAACUGUUUAUGUAUUUUAAACUUUGUAUUCUUUUUUAUGCUGACGACACUGUAAUUCUUGCUGAAAAGCCUGAUGAUUUACAAAAUGCUCUGAACGAGUUUCAUUUAUACUGUGAGCAAUGGAAGUUAACGGUUAAUAUAAAUAAGACAAAAAUAUUGGUAUUUUCUAAAGGUCAAAUGAUAAAAAGGGAAUUUUACUUUAGAGAUGAAAUAAUUGAAAAUGUGAAAGAGUUUAAAUACCUUGGAAUUGUUUUUUCACGUUCAGGGUCUUUCAGAAAAGCAAAAACACAGUACAUCUAUGUGAACAGGCACGGAAGGCUAUGUAUGGGGUCAUCAGGAAAAUAAGGCAAUUUAGUUUACCUGUCGAUUGUCAGUUGGACCUUUCCGAUAAAGUAGUAAUGCCGGUAUUAUUAUACGGAUGUGAAGUAUGGGGCUUUGAAAACAAAGAAAUUAUAGAACGUAAUCAUUUGAAAUUUUUGAAACAUAUACUGAAUCUAAAAAGCUGUAAUGCUCUUUCAUGUAUUAGACAAAAAUACUUAGAACCUAGAUUUUGUGAAAGACCAAAAACUUUUAAAUUUUGUGAAUUAUUGUCUUCCUUUAAACUUAAAAAACUCAAAAAACUCUGUUUAUUUAUAAAUGAAAUUUUUGAAUCAGUCUGUCCUCCUUGAACAUUUGUACUUUUUUCUCAUAUUUUUUUUCCUCUAAUUUGUACUGUACAUGUACCUCUGACUCUAUACCUACAUUUGUAAAUAUUUAUAUAUCUAUAUACCUCAUGUACCGUCAUGUUGACGGUUUGAGUGAAAUAAAUUGAAUUGAAUUGAA